GGGAUCGUUUCAGCAAUUGGGUGGUACCCCCAUCGUUGAACAUUCAGUCACGGGCACCAUACAGUGAUGAAUUAAGUAUGUCCUGGCUUAUAACAGAAUCGCCGGUGCAACUUAUUAAUACUCACUGGUGAGACGCAAAGGCAAGGCAAAUUGGGCGGCUCGAGUGUGCGGCACCGUCUCGGACACAUCCACUUGGAAUGUACACCAGAGCUUUAUGUCUAGGCCGUACAUGACAUUGGCGUAUCGAACGGUUACGAUGCCGUUCAUGGCUGCAGACAUGCGAUCCAUGUAGUACAUGCCGUCGCUGAUCCAUUCCGCACUUGAGAACAUGUACUUUGCCCCGGCAUACAAAAACACCGACUUGAGCGCCGUCGGUUCUGGCUUGCCAGUCAUUUGUCGGGUUGCAACAUAGCACAGCACGUUGCAGGCCAGUACCACGACCACCAACGUGACGACCCGGGACAACUGUCCAAUGGCAAUGUACCCACUGGUACACACAACGGCAAAGUCCACUUGCUGCACAUGGCACUGCUUAUCGAUGACCAUGGCGUGAAGGAUCGGAGCAUUGAACGACACCAGUGCAGCCACCGACCCCACCAGCGCGCUGUUGAUCGUCGCGUAGUAGACGGUGUAUUCUUGAGUGACGACGACACCAAUGUCAUUCAAAAUUGCCACAUGCCACGUAAACUCGUUCGCGGCCAGCAACGUUUUGAACCAUGGCACUUGGACCGAUUCAAUGUACGUCAUGUGGCCAGAAUACCGCAACUCGAGUGACGCCGACGCGAGCAGGCCCAUGGCCGUGAUGCACCGACCGAUUAGAAACGGCCGACCGAUCCACACAAUCGACCCAACCCGCUGGAAUUCGUACAAGUUGGCGGCUUCCACAUAGCCCUUACUGAUUGCCAAGUAGAGCACCAUCAACGCCGCCACGAACAUGGCCGUGAGCGUGGAAUACCACAUGGCACUGAGAAGGUAUUUGGAUAAAUACCCUGGGUAUUGUGCCAGGUUAACAGGUUGCUUGAGGGGGGGCUCGAAAUCGGUGAGUAAGGUGACGUUUCCUCGGUCGCCGGCAAAUUGCACCACGUCGCGAGACCCCCGCGCCCAAUCAAUGAGGAAAAUCCAUGCAAAGAACGUGAAUUCGGGAUGGACGGGGUCUAACAAGGCGGUUCGGAACAAUCUCAGAGGGGACACCUCGUCAUUGUCCAUCGUAGUGCCAAAUUGAAUCAACUCCACAUUGAGCGCCAUGACUUGUUCGAUCGCAUCGGACACUAUUGUGGACAUGUCCACGGCCAAAUGCGGUGCCAAGACGUCACUUGCGAACGCGACACUGCGGUUUAUGAUCUCUGCACACGAGCUGUCUGUAUUUUCUCCAACAGAACAGGUCCGUGCAAUGAGUUCUGGCGUUGCAAGGGUAGAUUGGGACAAGACCGAGGCCGCAACCAUGUGUUUGCGGCUGAAAUACAAGGUGGAGAGCAAUGGCACGGACGAGCAUUGCUUGUGCAAUGACGUGAACUCCAACAGACCUUGGGAAAUACCCACGGGGUGGCUUGCAGGACACAACAUGCUGCCUCCAUGUACCCAAAAGUCCAAUGCAAUCCACGGGGCCGGGAUUGGGUUGAGAAUGUUCAUGCCGUUGAUGAUAUUGGCGUAGGCUAGUUGUGCGUCAUCGCGUUUGGCUAGAGAUCGACUCAACGCCGCGAAAAUCGACUGGAUUGCCGACUUGACGCUGGCCGGACAACCAAUGUACGUCAUGUCCACCGAUCCAAACGGACCAAUGUAGGAGUUUACGACGGCAAAGAUCUGUGGCAGUGGUGCUAGGACAAGGCCUUGUUGUACCAAUAUCUCUAGGACGGUGGAGUUUUCAAACGCAAAAGAUGCGCUGGACCGAAUCAGCCCUCGUCCAGAGAUGGUUGUGCCAUUUCCGCUUACGGCCAGCAGGUCGUUGGCCAGGGCCCAGUACAUUUUCAUGGUGGUUUGCUUUUCCAAGCGAAACGCGGCGCACUCGGCCGUCAAUUCGAACGUGUGGACCAUCCCGAACGCAUUCACGACCGCGUACUCGUUGGUAAAACCGAUGGUUUUGAAGUUCUGCCACUGGGUUUGAAAGUGGCGGAUGCCGUGACGUGUCCACACGGCGAUCUCGUCGACUACGCUCAGCUUGGUGGUCGCAGACACAAUGGACAACCAGUUGCGACCAUCCACAGACUGCUGGACUUCGUUGGCGAUUGCCACGUCAAAGGCGUCGCCCCAACAACGGCGAAAGGCCACGUAGUCAACGUUUCGAAGGAUGGAUUCUAGAAACACGGCGCCGUUGGCUGUUAUCCCUAGACAGCGUCGUUGCCUAGCUUCGGUGUUGGCCAGUUCCCACCGUUGAUUGAAGUCCACAAAGCAGUAUUGCGUGAAGAUCCAAGGCACAGAACACGCGUCAGUCGUCUGUAGCCCCGUGAUGGUCGCGUCAAGGGUACUUAAUUCCGAGUAUUGCAUCGACGCCCCGCCGUUUGGCACGGAUACGACUUCGCUGUCCGGGUUGUCAUACGAGUUGUCGUCGCUGAUGUCAUCGCUGUGCAAGUACACAGUGGCUUGGUGUGUCCCCAGAGCGAGCUGUUCGUUGAGCCACGUCGCGAUAAACGUGUGGACGCCCGUGAUGUUGUAGUUAGCCCACAUGAGGUCGUUUUGUAAAUGCGCUUGGGUCAUUUCGAGGUACCAAAGACUACUGCCGAGACUGACCACAACAUAGAGCAACGCAACGCCCACGCGGAUAAGUUUGGACCAACGACUGGGCCUCUUCACAGGAACACCUUGUCGCAUUCUAAAGGUGAAGGGUUUUACCGGUAGCAUCGCGGGCAUGACAUAUUUCCCAUGUAGCAACCACACUUUAAUGUCGAAAAUCGCAUCGACGCGCCAUGGAAGUGGAACCAGACCUGCCAUCAACCACGACGCGACAUCGUGGGAAGGAAUCGUCGGCAUGUCAAACGUCCCCAGCGACGUCGACGUAGUGGAUGUGGGCUUCUCCAAUGGAAAGAACAGUGAGGCGGCGACACUCAGCACAUGCCGCUCCGACGGACGAGAGCGCCGACGCCGAGUGGACGGCUUCUUAUUCACUCCAAGCAAGAGGGGCGGCACCACCGACGCUACGACCACACCGCCCCCGAGGGCCAGCACUUGCAACAACACAAUCUUCCACACGCGCUGGUACGAUCCUAUUUGCAGCACCGCGCUGGAGCACGACAGCGCCUGGUCCAUGUCUUGUGACGUACACAUGCGCUGGGUCCAUGCGAUAGGCACCACGGGGUCAACCACCUCCAACCCCACGAGAACGCCCCAAGACAAGACGUACGCCACUGGGGCAUACAUCCUCGUGAAUCGGCGGCUCACGAUCGUUAAGAAAUCUACCGCCACGUAGAGCACCCACGUUGCCUCGCCCGCCAGAAUUGCAGUGUCGAGCCACGACCGAGUCCGCAGUUCAAAGCGCGACGACGACGAAGUUGUGCCC